AUGGCAACCAUGCCGUUUGUCAGCGAGGGGAAGUGUGUAAGUGUGGAGUGGGAUUUCCUGCAAGGACUACUGGCCAAGCCACCCACCCUUCCAUGUCUCCAGAACUUGCGUAAAGAGAAAUCUCGCAAUGCGGCUCGUUCGCGGCGGGGGAAGGAGAAUUUCGAGUUCUUUGAGCUGGCUAAGAUGCUGCCUCUGCCCGGAGCCAUCACUAGCCAGCUGGACAAGGCAUCAGUCAUCCGGCUGACCAUCAGCUACCUGCACAUGCGCACCUUUGCCAGCCAGGGAGACCCGCCCUGGAGCCCUCUGAUGGAGGGAGACAACAACUGCAGCAAAGUAAGACGAUCAUCUCAUUCUCUAGCCACUGACAUGUUUGAGCAGCACCUAGGGGCGCACCUCCUGCAGUCUCUGGAUGGCUUUGUGUUCGUGGUCAGUCAGGAGGGACGUUUCCUCUACAUCUCAGAGACAGUUUCCAUCUACCUGGGACUCUCACAGGUGGAGCUGACCGGCAGCAGUGUGUUUGACUACAUCCACCCGGCAGACCACGUGGAGAUGGCAGAGCGGCUGGGAAUCAGUCCGCAUCUGAGGGCCGAGGCCGGCUGCCACACGGGCCCCGAGAGUGCGUCCAGCUCCGCAUCCACCUCAUCCCUGGCUGGGACCCCUGAACCCGCUCCAUCUAGUCCUCAUUCUCCUGCUGACGAACCUCUAGAACGCGGCUACUUCAUCCGCAUGAAGUCCACCCUCACUAAAAGAGGCCUGCAUGUCAAGUCUUCUGGAUACAAGGUAAUCCACGUGACAGGACGAAUCCGUUGCCACCCUGCACUUGUGCCGGUCUCCAACCGUUCAGUGCGUCGACCGAUGGGUUUGGUUGCUCUGGCACACACCCUCCCGCCCUCCACACUAAAUGAAGUCCGCAUGGAGAGCCAAAUGUUUGUCUUCCGAGUGAACAUGGACCUACAGGUCACAUAUUGUGAGAACAGGAUCUCAGAGUAUAUGGAUCUGACCCCAGCGGAGGUGGUGGGACACACCUGUUACCACUUCAUCCAUGUAGAAGACCUGGAAAACCUCCGGCAGAGCCAUGAAGACUUGCUAAGGAAAGGCCAGGUGGUGACCAAUUACUACCGGUGGCUGCAGAGGAGAGGAGGCUACCUGUGGAUCCAGUCCAGUGCCACCGUCUCCAUCAACCACAAAGCCCCCCAUGAACGCAACGUCAUCUGGGUCAACUACAUCCUGAGUCGAACGGAGUUGCCCGACACUCCCCUGGAUAUACUGCAGCUACCAGAGAACGUAAGAGCAGAGCGACUUCGAGUUAGCUCUUCCCCCACUGACAGUUCCCCCCAGGCCCGAGGUACGACAGGCUCGCAACCAGUGAAGAGCUCAGUGGGGAAGAGUGACCCCGACACUAAAGGCAGAGAGAAAUUUACCCCCGCUGCCAUCCAAUCAGAGGACAGGAGGAAGCGCCUGCUGAGGUCCGACCCCGAGGGUGCUCCUCCCGAAACCCGUCGCAGACUGGAGGAGCUCCGUCACGCAGAGGAGAGUGUAUCGGCCUCCUCCGACCUGGCAAGCGACAGCGAGGGGGAGGAGGAGGAAGAGACAGAGUGGGACCAGGGGGGAAGCAGUGACAGACUGAAACAGGAAGACGGUGGAGGAGGUAAACAGAGUAGGGGAGGAGACACCCCCUCUAGAGGGGAGAGGGGGAGCAGGGUGCACAACGGUCGGGCCGUGAUCCAGCAACUGAAGAGCGUAGUGACCCCGUCUCCCCUGCCUGGCAGCCCCAGCAUCAAGACAGAACAUGAAGCCCUGACCACCGGGGGGCGUUGGGGGUCACACACACAGACCUCCUCCUCCCACACACACAACGCCCAGCCCCAACCCUCACAUGCACACACACCCUCCAGCAGCCCCCCAAAAGGGUUGUUCACUCCCCCUUCCCCUGCUCUUUCCCCCGCCAUGUCCGUGUCCUCUCCGCUGCCCCGUGAGGACAGGGUGGUGUCGGGGUUGCUCACUCGGAGCAGUGGUGGUGCAGGUAGUAAUCCUGACUUUGAGCUGCUCCAGAGACUGGCUGCAGGCGGAGCAGCAGGGCGGGUCCUCUUCCACCCCCUUGCCCUCGGCCCGCAGGGCCCUCAGAGCCUCUACGCUCCCAGCACUAUCCGCUACGCUCCACCUGAGCUGCCCCCCUCCCACCACCACGGCAUAGAACACAGCGAUGGCCUGCAGCUACGGUCGGACCAUCACAAGGGACCCCCGCCAGCCUUCUUCCCCCACCUUCAGCGGUUGGCCGGCUUGCCACCCUUCAGUGGUUUUUCCCCGUCUGACAACCCUUUCUCUUCCGGCCUGCCCUUCUGUAUGAACGGACUGAGGGGGGCUGCAGGCUCUGAGGAGGACUGAGACUUAGAUGGGAGGAGGGCAGAGGAGGAGAUAAAAAAUGAAAGACGGAGCAGAGUGACAGACCAGAAAGAGAGACAUUGAAAAGGGCAGAAGAGACAGAAGUG